GAUAAUAAUAAAGUGUUUGAAAAAAAUAUUCCAAACUGUCAUUGUAUCAUAAUGCAUUAUUAUUAGGUUGUUCGCCCUAGACAAGUAGCAAGUUUUGAGUUCCUGGCAACAGAGAUCUACAAGUAUAAAUAGAUGGCGUGAUUGUAGGGAUUGGAAUACGAACAUAACGGUCGGAGAAUCAUUUGUUCAUCAGAAUUUCAAUACUCUAAUAUUAGUUAGUUACAUACAAUGGCAGAGUCAUUUGCAAUGAAUGGUGGUGAUGGCAUGUACAGCUACACCAAAAAUUCUGAAUACCAGAAGGAAGGCUCAAAUGCGGUUCACGAACUAAUCAAAGAGGCAAUAAGCAAGAGUUUCGACACAAAACUCAUAGCAUCAAUCUCCAACAACAGAUUCUGUCUGGCUGAUUUGGGAUGCUCAGUAGGACCAAACACUUUCUUCAACAUGGAAACCAUCUUAGAAGCCAUUAAAAACAAGCACAACAACAAUAACAAUAUUAAUGUCGGAAGAACCUGCGACACCACCAAGCUUGAAUUCCAAGUGCUGUUCAACGAUCACGUUUCCAACGAUUUCAACACCCUUUUCGCCAACAUCCCGCCGGAGAAGGAAUACUUCGCGGCCGGAGUUCCGGGUUCUUUCUACGAUCAGCUUUUCCCAUGUUCUUCCAUCCAUUUUGCUUAUUCCUCUUACUCACUUCCAUGGCUCAGUAAGGUGCCGGAGGAAUUGCUAGACCGCUAUUCUCCGGCUUGGAGUGGCACCAAAUUCCAAAGCAUGGGGGCUUCUCCAGAAGUUUGCAUUUCAUAUGCUUCUCAAUUCAAACAGGGCAUGAAGAAUUUCUUGGAUGCAAGAGCCAAAGAGAUUGUUCCAGGAGGGAUGAUGGCUAUAAUUACCCCUGGUGUCCCAGACGGGAUAGAUUCUUCAGAUAUAUUUUCUGCCAUUUUGUUCAGUUUUGUUGAAUCCAGUUUAGUGGAUAUGGUAAAUGAGGUAAUGAUAUCUGAAAUGUUCAAUUACUCUGUUUCUUUGCUACACAAAAUCCAUCUUUAAAGAGUAUUUGAUCUUUCAUGUAACAGGGAAUCCUAAAUGAAGCCCAAGUUUAUUCCUUCAACAUGCCAAUUUAUUGUCCAUCAGCUAAGGAAAUGGCUUCCUGUGUCGAAAAAGACGGUCGCUUCGCCAUUGAAAGGCUGGAGAUGAUACAGCCCAUGACCAAAAACCAUGAUCAAAUUGGAGCAGAGAAGUUGGUUCUGCACGUGAGAGCUGCAUUCGAAGGAGUUUUUACCAAACACUUUGGAAGUGAAGUUGUGGAUGAGAUAUUCAAAAGGACUUUAAAGAAAAGUGAAGCCAUUUCAUUGCGCCUACAAUCUGCCUACAUGGGAGGAACAGAGCUGUUCCUCGUUCUUAAGCGUAAAUGAAGUGUUUGAUCAUCAUCACUCAGCUGGUUCUUGAUUUAUGAAUUCCUUUCGGAGAUUGGAAUAAACUUGUGUAGUCAUGAAUAGAAAGUUUGCAUAUCGAUAGUGAAGUUUAUGAAUGUCUAAAUGUCAGGUUUUAGAAUCAGAGGGAGCUGUGGUUAAACAGUUAAACUCACUGCUCCCGCCGACCUUAUAAAAAAAUAAUCUAUUUUGUUGAAUAGGGCAAGCUAUUGUUGUUGUAACGGAAAAAUAUAUUUACAAGGGUUCAAAGUAUACAGAGGUCUAAAGCGGGAUUUGAAUUUAAGAUCUUCGAAAUUUAUAAAGCUAAAAAUAAUUUAUAUUGAAUCUUAGCGUAUGAAAUAUAUUGUUUAGCUCUUUU